CUGAACCCUGGCGUCUAUGGUCGCCUUCCUGGCUCCUGGCUCGGUCAAGGCUGUGGCCUCGCCCUCCGCCCGCCGACGAAGCAGGAAGGGGGAGGAUGCGCUAGCUGCUGGGAGGGAGCUCGGCUCAUCCCUGUCUUUCCCGCAGCGGAGGCGAAGAGCGGAGAGGCCGCCGGCCGGGAAGGGCGCGGCUCGCCCGAGAGGAGGAUUUUUGUGGAUUGGCACCUUCUUCUCUCGAAACUCCACUGCAGCAUGGCCUCAAGAAAUGGCAACGACCCAACAGACAGGAGGAGGACAGAGAUACGCAGACCAUCCAUGGAAAUUGCAUUAGAAGACCAGGUGGCUCAGGAGACGGAGGAGGUGUUCCAGAGCUACGCUUUCUACCGGUAUCAACAGGAGCGGGAGCAGACUGAGGGGGAUGUGCCACAUGACCCAGAAAUAGCUGCGAUCCCGCAUGAGCCAAAUAGCACAAAUUGCCAGGUGGGCAGGCGCCUGGCCACUAUUGGUGAUGACAUCAAUGCCCGCUAUGACAAGGAGUUCUCGGAAAUGUUGAAGUCACUCCAGCCAACAAAGGACAACGCCUAUGAGUACUUUAUUAGAAUAGCCAGCAGUUUGUUUGAAAGUGGCAUAAACUGGGGCCGUGUGAUAGCACUGUUGGGCUUCGGCUACAGGAUGGCGAUCCAUGUAUACCAGCAUGGGAUGACCGGCUUCCUGAGGAGAAUUGCCCGCUACAUGGCUGAUUUUGUGCUUCGCAACCGCAUUGCCCGGUGGAUUGCUCAGCAGGGCGGAUGGGUGGCAGCACUGGACUUAAGCAACGUGUACUUGAAGUAUGUGCUGAUAGUGGCGGCUGUGAUCUUGCUAGGCCAGUUUGUGGUGCGGCGUUUCUUCAACCCAUGACCUGAAAGAAGAGGUUGCUGGCCCCAGCUGCUGGCCAGCCAUGGACUCACUGCUCUGCGGUGAUCACUUUGAAGAGAGGAGGAAUCCAAAAACAACCAAAGGAAGCCAGAUGUGCUUUGCCAGCUUGUGCUCCAGAAUUGUCACCAAUUUAUUAAUCAUUCACAUGGAGACUCCAAAAAAAAGCAAAUCCAGAACAUAGUAUUAAAAGGGGGUGGGGGUGGAAGUAAGCAUAGGAAAUGAGGUAAUCACUUUGAGAGGUUUCAGGGGUCCAGUGUUGUGAGAAGGCAAAAGGGAUACGUUUCCUCCACAAACCUUAAGAAGAGUGAAUUUUCUCCCCCAACCCCACAACAUUCUCAGGGCCAGUUGAAUCCUCAUCCCUCUGAAAAGCAAGUGCAUGAGCCCGAUGUAGUAUGGCUGCUUGCUCCCCCUGAAUGUGUUGGGAGCAAUCCUUUAACAUCUUUUAGUUUUUCUAUCACUGAAAUAAUUAUGUGGCUUUUAAUUAUGUAAAUCUAUGUAGAUUUAUCUGAAGAUCAUGUGUGUACUUAGCACCAUCUUGAAAGGGAUUGGGGAAAACCUGUAGCCCAUAGGCCUUAUCCUUCCUACAGGGGGUUGGACUCCAAUUGCAGGAGGCUUUGUUCCACCACAGUCCCAGCUAAAGGGAAUGAAAGAUAUCCCUACCAUAAUCUCUAACCAAAUAUGAUGGAGUGGAUUCAGUUCUCACCCUCAACUGAUACUGACUUCCAACCAUCUCUGGAAGUUCUGACUGAAAAUCCUGUUGCUUUCUCUGGUCCAAAGAUGACCAGUGGGGAGAACAUACUAUCUUAAUCUCUGAAAUCAUGUUGCUUCCCUCAGACCUUUCCAGCGCAAGGAAGUCUAAACUUGACACUCAUCCAAACUUGCAAGCAGUAGCUGAGUCCUGAUUGAAACUUGGACAGUGCUUGCAUUACUGGCUGAGAGCACUACAAAGUCUUCACCCUUUCCUCAUUCAAGGAGGGGAGUGGGUAGAGUGAAACUGGAUUAUUGGCCAAAGUGGAAGGCUGAAAGGUUUUAGCCCAAUUGUGCCAAAUCGUAGCCACCAAGUACCACUGGGUAGGUUUCUGGACCACACCAAUUCCAUACCCCUGCACUAAGAUCCGUGUAUAUUCUCAAAGAAUGUGUACCUAAUGCAUUUUGAGGAAUGGCAUGGAUUUUACAAUAUCAUAUAUGAACCUCUCUCAUCCACCUAAUUACUUCAUAAGACAGAUGUAGAUCUUGGUGGAGCUCUAUCACCUCACUUGUUUUCAGCUACUUGGCAAUGAUCCCUCUUUGUCAUGACAGCGAGAAAGCCCAUUUCAGAAGAGUCCAGACAUGGCUUGCUUCUCUUCCAACUGAAUUCAAAAGAAAGCCCUCCCUCCCUAUUUCUGUCCACCUUAAAAAGGAACAAGCUUUUUUAGGAGGAGCUGGAGAAAGAUGGGAAGUUAAGAUCUUUUGGGAGGGGAUCCAGAUUCCAUUGUAUUCUUUAGCUUUCUGACCAUCACUAUCCAAAAGUUAAAUGUGUUUUACACAUUAACAUCCAAAAGUGAUUUCUUACUAACAAAGCAAUCAAAAUGUCGCUGAAAAACAUACUGGGUAUGUUGAGCCCGUUUGAAAGCCAUACUACUCUUCAUACAGAAAGAGUUGCUCUCAUUGACAUGUCUGCAUCUUGUUUCUGAGUAAAUAUAAAGAUGAUCAGGCGGCAUGUCCAAGGUUUUCAACAGGAACAUUGACUUUCUCUCAGCUGAAAUUGAUGGGCUGCAGAUAUGUUUACCGUUGUUCUGGAUCAUGCUGCUCUGGAGUUUUUCCAAACAUUUCAGAGGAAAUACAGUAAACCAAACAUUUCAAGCCAGCAGGUUUGUAAAGCUGGAGUGUCUCUUUCAAAGGGUUUUCUUUAAAGUCUAUUCUGACUAAAAAAACAUAUUCCUUCCUUAACAUUUCCUUUAUGCAUAAUCUUUUCUUGGUGUUAGAUUUCACAUGGUUGAAAUCUGGCAUAAAACUACUGUUGACUUCAGUGAAGCCAAGAUUUAGAACACAACUGAGUUCUUUUUCCUCGCUUGACAGAGCUUUGUCAAUACACCUGCUUAAUCGUUUCUCCAUAACUUCUGUUACCCAAAGCUCUUUAAAUUGAAAACUUGAAAACUAAGCUUUUAUAUUCUGUGCAUUUUAUUUUUUAAGUCACUCCAUAGACUGAACCUUCUGAAUUCACAUGGCAACAAUAUUUGUUUUUCUUGAAAUAUUAAUUUGGCAAACAGAAUUGUCAUGUGUAUCUCGUGUGUAUUUCUUGCCAGUUUUAUGCAAGAUUACUUUUGAAUUAAAUCCCAUUUUGUUUCCAGGGGGCAUCCUUGUGUUACUUUCAAAUUUCAGAUUUUUUUUUGUUUGUAGUAGUUGCCAGUAAAUUCCAGGGCUUAAAAUAAUAUGUUUGUUGUUGUUCUUGUAUAACAAGAUUUUUUUUUUAAAAAAAACAACCUCAUUGUGAUUCUAACAUAAAGAGGGGCAUAAUUCUUUACACCUUUCAAUGUAGUUUAGUCUUCCAUUUAGUCCAUGACUGAUCCUGACUGCCAUUUUCAUUGUUUCAAAGAUUUAAAAUUAUGUUGUGUGACCUAUCUAUGCACAUAGUCUUAGUAAAUCUCAUUGAACUCAAUGGUACUUACUUCUGAAUAACCCUGUUUCCAUCUCUACAAUCUUUGCAUAGGUCCAUCUCUAUGAUAUUCUACCAAUUUUGGGCAAAAAUAACUGCAACUUUUAUAAAGCCGUACAAUCUUGGAGAAGGCAAACUUUAUGAUGGUUUUCUGAUGAGAGUAGGGCUUUCCUUCUGGUGGCAUGAGUUUUAGAGCUUCUUUUGUAGCCCCUUUCUGCUUUCUUGAUCCAGAGUGUGAGCUAGGAAUGUCCUCCAGAAGCUUGGGAUAAAAGAUUGGUCCUGUUUCCCCCAUGUCUCUUGGCUGACCCUUCCUUGCACCUCCACCCCCAGCCUGCAUUUGCCCUCAAAACACUCAAAUUGAUUUGGGAAGGAGAAAAAAGCUACUGCUCAGACGGAAAAGGCUACAAACUAUCAGAAAAUUGUAGUUGGGAUGAGGGCACCAUAAGAAAACUACUUUCUAAUUACCCUAUGUUCUGUUUAACACUUGCACUGCAGGCUCUCCGGUAUGAAUAAACAAGCUGUCAUUGGUGGUAAUGCUGCUAAUACUCUCCAUGAUGGUUCUGGUACUUUAAAUCAGCAGUUCUGAAAUUAUAGGCCUCCAAACAUUUUGGACUUUAGCUCCCAGAAGCUUCAGCCACUAUAGCCAAUGUCAAGUUCAAAUAAUCUAGAGAGCUAUAGAUGGGGAACCACUGUUCUAGAAGUUUGUUUGGUUUUUUUUGAUAUGUUAAGCAACAUUAUUCCCACCACCACAGUCAUUAUUGCAUUGUAACAGGCAGGGUUCAAUGUAGGCCAUGCUCAAACCCAUGUAAGUACAGAGUACAGAAAACCACUUUCCUAAAAUUCACCAGAACAAUCAGCUAACUUAGGUGACUAAUUCUGGAUGUCAUGGAAAGACAGCAAGUUGUUCAGUUUAUCAGAUGUAAUUAAUUUGUUUUAUUUGGCUGUUUUACUUCCUGGAAGGAAGAGACACUUGUGUGAUUUUCUGCCUUGAUUAUCAAAAUAACUUGACUGCAUGUUGACUUCAGGGAGCCACUUCUAGCAGCAAAAUGAGUGUGCAAAAAUGUAUUAAGUAAUGGGCUGGGAAUGAUGGGAGUUGUUAACCACCAUCAAGUCAACUUCAACUUAUGAUGACUCUAUGAAGAAGGGACCUCCAUGUCACUCUAUCAUCAACUCAGGUCUUACAAACUCAGGGCUGUUACUUCCUUGAUUGAAUCUAUCCAUCUGGAAUGCAGUUUUACUCUUCUCUUACUGCCUUCUACACUCCUAAACAUUAUUUUUAGUAAAUCUUGUCUUUUCAUGAUAUUGUUAAAGUACUAGGGUCCCAGUUUAUUCCCCUUGAUGUCUAGGGAGAGUUCAGGCUUCUUGACUGCAGAUAGUAUAUUUUUGCAUUACUUUCUGAUAACGUCCCUAGCUUCAGUCUAUAGUUCUUUUGGCUCCCAGUCAAAUAGAAUUAAUAGUGCAAAUCUAUUAAAUUCUACAGGAAUGUUCUUCAGAUUUUAUUUUAGUGUUGUGGUUGGUUUAUUGUUCUUUAACAUUACUCUGAUUAUUGAUAUUAUGAGUUUAUGAUCUAUGCCACAAUCUAUUCCUGGUCUGUUUUUGAAGAGAUAAUGGAACUUCUCCAUCUUUUCCUUCAAUUAUAUCAUUUAUUUGAUCAAUCAAUUGUUCUCUUACAUUUUUGAUCUUCCAACAUUGAUUCUACUGUGUUUCCUGCUUUUCCAAUCCAUUUUCCUGUGAUCUUUCCAUUUCUUUUUCUUCUACCUUUAUAGUUGGAGCAUAAAUUUAGGUUAUAGUAAUAUCACUAAAGUCUUACUGAUAUUAUUCUGUUAGACUUUGUUUAAUCCUUUGACUGCUUUUGCAUUCUUCGUUAUUAAUGCCACUCCAUUCUUAGUAGAUUUUCAUUUCCUCAAUUAAAUUCUAUGUAAUGUGAUUCAAAAUGUCAAUUAUUGUCUACUUCAGCUCACUCACUCCAAGUAUAGCAAUGUUUAUAACAUUACUUGUUUUACUAUAUCUGUAUUCCCCUGAUUCAUGCUUUUCUCCUUUCAUACUCCUAUAAGAUGUGUAGCGCAAUUUCCGACUUUUCUUUCAUGUCUGAGUCCAUCAAGAGUUGAACAUCCUUUCACCUUGAGUCCAUUUGCAUCAUUAAUCCCAGCACAACUUGUAGUUGGCUGGUAGUGUGUGGCAGUAACUCAUUGAGUGCCUUCUGGUUUUUGAGUUUCACCUUCUGGCAUUAUCUCUUUAUUUCAUUUUGGAUUGUCUCAUCAUAGGAUUUCCAUAGUAAAAUAUAUUCAAAAAGAAGUUUACUCUGCCUCCUGUGCAGUAAUAACAAGUGUUAGCAGUUGUGUCACUGCUUUUGUAUCUGAGAUCUUUCACCAGUUUGACCUCUCCCCCCUCCUCCAGUACUGCUACUAUACAUAGUUCAACACAAUUUACUAUCCAACAAAUCUGGUAGGUGGUAGGUUGGAGGAGACUGUGAAGUCAAGGCUGCAAAUGCACAGAAAAUGCCAGAUGGCAUAUUGGAAGCAGAAUGGAGCUGCAAUUUAAAGGACGAAGUUCUUAUCAAACUACAAAGCUUUGUAGGUCCCAUUAUCUUAUAAACAGAAUAUAAGCAUAUAUAUAUAUUUUGAUUUGCAGAAUUAAUACCGGACAUGUUGUCUUUGUUCGAACAAUUGUCAAGUUCCCAUCCUCUCUCUUUCCCUGCAGAAGACAGUCAAGAUAGGAGUUUUUCCAUCUUGCUCCUGCAAUAUACAAUUUUAGUAAUGGUCACACUGCCUUUUUCUGGCUUUAAAGUACUGACUCUUGACUGUAGAUUCCUGUGGAUUCUUUGCUGGGGUAGGAAACCUUAUAGUGGUAAGGGUACAGGUUCCAACAUGCUGGUUUGAGAAAUUCCAUCACCAGAGCUUGAAAAUGUUACCAUUUGUGGGGUGGACAACAACUUCAGGAAUAUUUCCAAAGAGUGAUUCAGGGAGCUGUAGUCCAAACAAUAUCUUAUUCUAGCUUAGCUUUUAUCCUUUGGCAGGGAUUGGACUGCAUGGCAGGGAUUGAACUGGAUGAUCUGUGUGGUCUCUUCCAACUCUAUGAUUCUUUUAUUUUGAUUUUUUUGGGAGCUGAUUAGCACAAUAGAUAUUUCCCUAGCUAGCAGAAACGUACCAUUGUUUCUCUCCCUCACCCAUAUUUUAAAUGCAUUAUUUUGCUUGCCAUCACCAAGUCUUACCAUGAAGGGGUUCAUUUACCUCUCCAUCUGAGAUGUAAGAACCAUUGCCACAACAAAACAUUACACACACACUCCUAAUGAGCUUGGGCCUCAUAUCUACAAAAGAUAGAUGCGGGGCUGCUUCAGAUGAGUACUACCUAGCAGUGGGUACCACAUGAGCCAUGCCGGGGAGUCCUUUUUUAAAUGACAUACAUACUUGAAGCCAUUAUGUAGCUGUGAAUUGCCUUUCUUAUUUUUUUGCCUUGCAUUAUAUUUAUUUGACACGCUUUAUACACAGCUUUCAACCACCCCUUGCCCUCAGGGAUUCAAAGGGAACAAAGCCAACACUCUAAAAUCGGGAUGGGAGAUAUCUUCAGAUGCUCUUGAAUUGCACUCCCAUCUAUAACCUUACUAUGCAGUUUGGGAGUUGUGGCCCAGCAAUGUCUGCAAGCCACAUACUUGAUCAAGAGGUACUCAGUACAUCUAAAGAACAGGCAGAAUCCUUUUUUGUUCAUUAUCUUCCCUGCCUAAAUUCCAAGCUAGGUGCUAGAAAUGUUAAUAAUGUCAAGUUACUUUUAAAUGCAGAGAAAAAUGCUGUUACCUUGGAAUCACUUAGUUUGGAUUGAUGGCAUUUAGAUACAUGUGGCUUGGACUUUGGAGAACUGACAGCUUUGAACUCAUGUCCUGUACAGAUAGAGGGUCAGGUUUUUUGGUCUCCACUUGUUUUGUAGUUUGCAGGACAGCUGUAUGCAAUGUUCAAUAUAAUGUAUACAUCCAGCCAUGAUUUUUCUUCUGGUCUUAAAAAAGAACAAGGAGGAAAGCAGGGGAGAUUUAUUUGGGACUAAGGAUAAAUAAGGUAGUGCAAUCACUUUUCAGGCAAAUAAAAGAAAUAUAUUCCAUUCUACCUCCAUCAGAGAAGACAAGAAGAGAUCUUUGUGUGGUGGAGAUGGUGGUGCUCCUGCCCCAAGGAUAUGCAGCAGACGUGCCUCUUUGCUCACACAUCCCAAAUCAGUUUGUGGGGUGAGAUGGUUUCAUCACAUGGCAUAUCCAUGGGGAAUGCACUGGCUUGUUUACUGGAAAGCUGCUUAUUUUAUGUACUUUUUUAAAAAUUCUAAAUUGUUAAGUGCCCCAUUUACUAUUGCACACUAUUGGCACUAAAAUUUAAAUAGUUAAAUGUUGAGAAUGUCAAGCAGCUGUAAUAUAUAUGCGGUAUGUAUUUCAGAAUAAAAGUUAUAUGCAAAUUUCA